AUGGCUUCACUGGUGGCUGUUCUGGCCAUGCUGGUGGCCGUCCCGGUGGCAGGACAACUGCCGGGGCAACCAGCUCAGCCUCCCUGUAGGGGGGGAAGCCUGGGCACCGGAAACUCUCGAAGCGCAGCCUUGCAAGAUGCGGUGGAAGGCAUCGCGGGGCUCAUGCAACGCUUUGAAGAGCUGCAGCCACAAAUUGCACAGCUCCCACCGACCGAGCUGCAAGAAAUUGCGACUCCUGCGCAGAAGCUCCAUGAGCGUUUUGAGAACAUGCAGAAGAAGCUAGUUGCCAAUGGCAAUGCCAACGCAAACCCAGAGUUGGAAGAGGAAGCCAUUACCUUCCACAGAGACUUGGCCGUCUUUGUCAAUGGGGUUGCCAAAAGGUUUGGCAUCACAGGCCCCAGAGGGCUGCCUGGAGCACCUGGAGCAGGGUCGUUUGCUCCAGUGUCGCUCGGCAGCCUGCCUCGGAAGUCUCAAGGUGCAGGUGUAGCCGGUGGAACCGGUCCAGCCUCACCUGCGACUGAACAGCGAUUGCAGGCUGCAAUGCAGGCCAUUCAGUCGGGGAUGCAACGCUUCGAGGCCUUGCACUCGAAGCUCCCGAAUUUGCCGCCUCAGGUUUUCAACCCUCUAGCCGAUCAAGCACAAAAGCUGCAUGAAGAAUUCCUUCGUUUGCAGCAGAAAGGGAUGCAGCUCACUAGUGGCCAGUUGAUGCUGGAGGCGGAUGCUGCACCCUAUGCCGAUGAGCUGGAAUCGUAUGUGUCAAGGCAGUUGACCUUCGUGGGUGAUGCCGAGUAUCAAGUUAAGCAGGCUGCAGGUGGCCUGGGAGGCUAUCAAGGGAUGCUGGGUAGUCGGUUGCCCACUGGCACCACUGGCCCCUCAGUCCCACCGCAGCCAAUGCCGCCCUUGGGAUCGUUCGGAGCUGCACAACCUCCACAGGUGACACCAGACACUGAUCGACGGCUGUCCGCUGUGAUUGACAAGGCAAGGCUUGAUACUCGUUUCCGUGAUCUUCAGCGACGUGGGACUGAGAUCGCUGGUGAUAGCACCAGGCCAAUGUCCGAAAAGGAUGCUAGCCAGUACUUGAGAGAUUUGGAGGCUUUCCACUUGGAACAGGAACGCUACGUCGAGCAGGCGAAGCAGGCGCUGAAGGCUGCCCCACAAGGCCUCAGUUCAGAUUGGGGUCACCAGGGUCGUCUCACCGUCUUGGGGCUUGAAUUUCACAAAACGGGCCGGAGUGUUCAAGUGAUCAUGGCCUUUACAAGAGGACUCCUAGGCUUCCGAGUCCUUUGUCCCAAGUCUUCUUGCAAGUUUGCAAGGUCAAGUUGGCCAAAGUGGCCAAGGUGGUCUUGGCAGUGCGAGGCUUGA